AAGGACUUUGGUGACAUGCAUUCCUACGUUAGGAGCUGCAAGCGUCUGCCGGAGCAGGAAGCUGCUAGACUGUUCAAACAGAUUGUCUCUGCAGUCGCUCACUGCCAUCAGUCGGCCAUUGUGCUGGGGGACCUCAAACUCAGGAAAUUUGUGUUUUCUAAUGAAGAAAGGAGGCAGCUGAGACUCGAAAGCCUGGAAGAUACCCACAUCAUGAAAGGAGAGGAUGAUGCGUUGUCAGACAAACAUGGCUGUCCAGCGUACGUCAGUCCAGAAAUCUUAAACACAACGGGAACCUAUUCCGGGAAGUCGGCUGACGUUUGGAGCUUGGGAGUUAUGCUUUACACUCUCCUGGUGGGACGGUAUCCCUUUCAUGACUCGGAUCCUACUGCCCUCUUUUCCAAAAUCCGCCGUGGACAGUUCUGCAUCCCUGACCAGGUCUCUCCUAAAGCACGGUGCCUCAUCCGCAGUCUCCUUAGGCGAGAACCCUCUGAAAGACUCACCGCUCCGGAAAUUUUGCUCCACCCUUGGUUUGAUGCCGUUUUGGAAUCUGGGUACGCCGACCAGGAUGUACGGGUCUCUGAUCAAGUGGUCCCGGAGCAACUGAAGGAGGACGAUGAUAUGAGCCUUUUCUUUUGCUAG